CAACAGACAGCACAUUGAUAAACCGAGUCCAAGGCCGCAAUAACCUCAUGGCAGUUACAGCAAACCCUCUAAUAUUUUUUUAAAAUUUUUUAUCUGCUGAAAUAUUGUUAUUUCAACAUGUUUAAAGCUUGAAAUAUUCAAAAGCAGGGCCCGUUUUUGUUUCUGCUAGAGAAGGAAAGGAGAGUUUGUGGGUGCUAAAGCUCAGAAUACUGCGAAAAUGGCUGGCACUGGGAAAAAAGUAAUGGCAUUGGGCAUGGAUAAUAACGAACCUAGCUUCUACGCGCUGCAGUGGACCCUUGAUCAUUUCUUUGUUCCAUUUGGUCAGGACCCUCCAUUCAAGCUCCUAAUUAUCCAUGCUCAACCCCGUCUCGCUUCUGUAGUAGGAUUCACCGGACCAGGAUUGGUUGAUGUUAUACCAAUCAUGGAGGCAGAUUCCAAGAAAAGAGCCCAAAAUGUUGUAGACAAGGCCAGAGAAGUCUGCAACAAUAAAGGGGUGAGUGAUGUGGUAGUGGAAGUGAUUGAGGGUGAUGCUAGGAAUGUCAUGUGCGAUGCUGUAGAUAGACACCACGCAUCCAUGCUGGUGGUGGGCAGUCAUAAUUAUGGAGCUGUCAAAAGGGCACUUCUGGGCAGUGUUAGUGACCAUUGUGCUCAUAACGCACCCUGCUCUGUGUUGAUUGUGAAGCAACCUAAACACUAGGAGGAUAUUUCCAUCUACUCCGGGAUAAUAAUUUAACCAAAGAACUGUAAUGUUCCUUAAUUAGUAUUGGUUCUCUUGGCAUUGAAUUCUUAUGAUUCAUAUUUUAUUUGCAUUUGAAGUUGAUGCUUUGCGAAUGGAUGGCUGAGUGUAUCGAUUUGCAUGCUCUAA